AUGGUUUACAAACGGCUCUUCUAUUACAUUCAUGAACGACUGGUGCAAAUUAAGAAAAGCAAGGAACCUUUUGGUGGUAUAUCUGUUAUAGCAGUUGGAGAUUUUUACCAACCACCUCCUGUGAAACAACGAAAGUUGGAAAUACUGUAUAAAGAAAAUGAUGAAUAUCCCGUAGAUUGCUGGUUAGACUUUUUCAAAAUUGUUGAGUUAGAAGAAAUAAUGAGACAACGUGACGAUGCUGCAUUUGCUACAGUUUUGAAUUCACUACGGAUCCGAAUGAUAGAGGAACCACUCUCAGAAGAGGCGAAAACAAUGUUAAAAGAAUGCAUUAGAGAUGGACAAGAUGAGGUACAGCAUGUGUAUCCUACAAAUGACGAAGCAAAUGAAUACAAUCUGAAGAUGUUGCAAACAAAUUGUGAAGAAUUGAUAGAGAUAACUGCUGAAGAUUAUCAGGAAGACAAAACUACAGGAAAGCUGACUUUACGUGCAAAACCCUUCAUACGGACAAGAACAGAUGGCCUUUCUGCUUCUUUGCUGUUUUCUGUGAAUGCUAGAGUGAUGCUGACAAUAAAUAUUAAUGUGGAAGAUGGACUUGUGAAUGGUGCGAUGGGACAUAUUUCAGCUUUUGAUUUUGGGCAAGCUCAGGAAAGAAAUAGGGUAGAAGGGAUUAGAAUUUUUUUUGAUAGUGAAGAUAUUGGGAGACUGCAAGGAAAAAAGACACCACUUGGAAAUGAAGUAUUGAUUCAAAUGAUACAGGAAGACAUCAAGGAGAAAAAUACAACGAAUGUUGUACAACAUCAGUUUCCCUUGAAACUCGCAUGGGCAUGUACAGCACAUAAAGUUCAAAGCAUGACAACAAACAGUGUUGUAGUAAAUUUAGAUCGUACCUUCGUUCCAGGACAGGCAUAA